UCUGUGAGACCGGAAGGGGCGUGGAGACGGUGGCGAGCUCCUCCAGGCCCGGAGAGGCGCCCGCGAAGCGGUACUUCCCGAGCGCCGCCGCUCACUCGUCCCCCACUCGGCCCCGGCCAGGUGCCCUCCGGGCCCGGGGUCCACGGACCAGGUGCUGACUGGUGGCCUCAGACCUCUGACCCCUGCACUGUCCAGAGCCCCACCAUGGCCCAGCAGAGAGCCCUGCCACAGAGCAAGGAGACACUGCUGCAGUCGUACAACAAACGACUCAAGGACGAUGUCAAGUCCAUCAUGGACAACUUCACCGAGAUCAUCAAAACCGCCAAGAUUGAGGAUGAGACGCAGGUGUCGAGGGCCACUCAGGGUGAGCAGGACAAUUACGAGAUGCACGUGCGAGCCGCCAACAUCGUCCGAGCCGGUGAGUCCCUGAUGAAGCUGGUGUCCGACCUCAAGCAAUUCCUCAUUCUCAACGACUUCCCUUCAGUGAAUGAGGCCAUCGACCAGCGCAACCAGCAGCUGCGAGCGCUGCAGGAGGAGUGCGACCGGAAGCUCAUCACCCUGCGGGACGAAAUCUCCAUCGACCUGUACGAGCUGGAGGAGGAGUAUUACUCGUCCAGCUCGAGUCUUUGCGAAGCUAAUGACCUGCCUCUGUGUGAAGCUUACUGGAGGCUGGACCUCGACACAGACACCGCUGAUGGCCUCUCGGCCCCUCUGCUGGCAUCCCCGGAGCCCAGCGCUGGGCCUCUGCCGGCUGCAGCCCCUGCCCACUCCCACGCCAGCGGCCCUGGCCCCUCAGAGCAUGCCUGAGUCUCCCCUUCCCCCCAGGGUCCCUAGGAUCUUAGGGACAAAAUUUGCUGCUGCCCUUUGGGCCCACCACAGCCUCGCUCUGUUCGGCCUUGGUUUCUGCUUGGGGACCUCAUCGGCACAGGGAGAGCCCACCAAGGAGCGCUGGGGGAAAGGAGUUCCCCCAUCCACUUCCGGGGUGACCCACUCUGCCUUCCCAGCCAGCUGGGUGGAAGGAAGUUUCCAGGGCAGUUUGGCCUGGUGACCUAAUGGGGGCAGGGAGGACGCCGAUGUCAGACCUGACCCGAGCCUGCUGUUUAAACUGGGGAGGGCUCUAGUGGACACUACUAGCCAAGUCCUGACUCCCGCCCUCAGGCUGGCCUCCUGUGCAGCUACCAGGCUGCCUUGCCCGAAGGGACCCCGUGGGGCUGGGGGCAGGGCUGCCCGUUCACACAGAAGCCAGGCGGGCUGGGUCCUUCCUAAUUCUGCUGCUUACACAGUGGUUUUUUGUAACAAGACUUGAAUAAAAACACACGGCA